AGAAUGGUGGCGACAACAGACUGCGAAGAAAAGUCGAAGCCGAUCACUGGACACAAGGUAUCCAAACCACUCAUGGAAAAGAAACGGAGAGCUCGCAUUAACAAGUGUUUGGACCAGUUAAAAACUCUUCUGGAGAGCUACUACAGCACUAAUAUUCGGAAGCGCAAACUGGAGAAGGCCGACAUCCUGGAGCUCACUGUGAAACAUCUGAGGAACCUCCAAAAGAUCCAGAGCUGCUCUGUCGCUGCUUCAGAGUUUUCUGAUUACCAAACCGGCUUCCGCAGUUGUCUGGCAAACGUCAAUCAGUACUUGGUCAUGACAGACGCAAUGAACGGGAUGGACCACUGGAUGUUAUCGCAGCUCUCCAGUAAAGUGUGCCGAGGUCGAGUCUCCAGCACCAUGGACAGCGGCCCGAUCGCGGCUGAGCCAAAGGAGGAGGCGCGAGGGCUCUUUCCAUCUGCGGAUGCUGCACACGAGCAAAGAAACACCAUCAGCCCUAAAGGACCGGAACCAAACAGUGCGACCACGUCUCGUUUACUACCGAGUGAAGGCUCAUCUGCAGCAAAACAGGCUGUGGACGCUGCUGCGCCCGCGCACAACAACCACGAACAAAGAUCAAGUCACAAGAAGUGUCUCUCUGUGGGUCACAGGAACGAAGAUUCAAACGCACAGCACAGUGUCUGGAGGCCUUGGUAG